AUGCGUCUUCUUUUCUGCGCUUUGCUACUGAAAGUUAUGGCUACCGGCUUGCCCCAAGGGCGUCUUUUAAAAGACGGGAUUUCUGCUUGGCUCGGGGUCCGCUACGCCGAUCAACCAGAAAGAUUUCAGCGAGCUAGUUUGGCAAAUGAUUGGAAAGAUGAGCCUGGAAACAGCAUGGACAAACCUGCAAAAGCGUGCCCUCAAGCAAAAUUUUUUCCCGGCCUUGAAACCAGCGAGGAUUGCCUUUUUUUUGAACGUUUUUGGACCGACCAAUGUUUCUUCUACCCACAUUUCCCGUCCUCUAAGUUUCACCCAAAUCUUGGACUCGAUGACACGCAUUUGGCAAUUAAAUUCAUCUCAAAAAAUAUUCAUGAGUUUGGAGGGGAUCCAAGUCAAAUAACAUUGAUUGGACAUUCUGCUGGGGCAUGCUCUGCUCAUGCGCUGGCCAUCUCGACUGCCGUCGAUCAAGGCGCAUUGAUUUUUCCGAAA